UAAAGAAGAUGAAAUAUUGUUAAAAGAUUCCAUGCAAAUCGACAUGACCCAACUUUGAUCUUGAGAAAACCUUUUUGAGAUUGUCCCCUGAGAGAGAACAUGAUGGUAAACUGCUGUUUUAUGUUUUCAGUAUGUCCGCACGCUGACUGGCGUUCUCCUCUUCCUCCUCGCCAUGAAGACUUUGACAGUGAUGAAGGCGAGCAGGACUUUGGCUGCUCCUGCUGCAGUCUUCACUCGUUCACUCUGCAGCCUCUUUUGGCCAAUGAUUUCAGGAUUAAUCCUGCUGAUGGCAUUGUCCAGUGUGGGAAACCUGAUCUUCUGCCAGACCUCCUGGGUUUUCAGCUCCCUGCCUCACUCCCUGCAGACUGUGCUCUGUCACCUCUGGGGUUUCAAGUCUCUCAAGAUCCUCCUCAUUUCAGGGAAGGAUUUAAUCUACAAGGGAGCCACUCAUCUGUCCUCCACUACGGUGUGGACGUCUAUGGUGAUGGGUGUGGUGAUGUCAUGGGUCCAAAUCACUCAAAGAUCUCACAGCAGAAGGGAUGUCUUCACUUUAGCAGACUUAACUGGUUACAUCAGAUGGAGGCUUUCUGUGUUCACAGGCCUGAAGACACCAACAUGGUCUGAAAACCACAUGGAAACAAAGACAUAUUACCUGGAAGAGUUUGAAAGUUUAGUCGAUGAACUAUUGUUCAGACUCUGCGUUCUCAGCUCCUGCCACCCGCUGCCCCCCAGAGCCUAUUGCUACAGGAACAACAGUCCUCAUAUCGCUCCAAGACUGGAGUCAUCCAAUGUAGACUCAGAGACAUUUGAAAAGUCCUCAGAGACAGAAGAGACAGCAGUGCACAUCGACACAGAUGUCAGUUUGCCACACCUCCCUCAGCCUCACCCGCUCAGGAAGCUGUUUAUCCACAUGCAGGUGGAGUAUGGGAGACCCAGGACGGACCCCCAGUCUGUGAGGGAGGAAGGUGUUGAAUGCAGAGCUGUAGUCAUACCUUCCCUGCUGCUCCAGGUGGAACAGUGCAGCAUGGAGGACUGUGGCUACAGCGCCCUCUGUUGA